AUGAUCCGGAAUAUUGCCAUUGCUAGUAUAGUACUUUGUGCAUUUGUGAAUACUCAACGCACGCCGUCUACCGAAGUUAUUGAUAAAAUCCUUGGAAGUGCUGAAACAAAAACCAUCGAGCAGAUCAACAAGGAGAUUGAUAGGUUAGUAGAAAAACUAGAUGACAAAACCAGAGCAGAACACAAAGCAUGGAAAUUAAAAGUGGAGAAAGACGAGAGAGAACGGAAGUCAAGAAUUUUUAAAGUUCUUCCAAAACUUUCCACUCGAACCCAACAAAAACUCAUCCGAAUCGUGAUGACCCAACAGAAUCAGACACUGUCUGUGGGAGAAAAAGAACGAAUUCUGAAACAUAUUUCGACGUCGAUGGACAAUAAUACCAAGAACGAAUUGGCAAGGUUUCUAACUGAUAAGGACUUGUUUUCGCUGAUAUAUUGA